CAUGUACUUAGCCUAUCAUAGAGAGAAAAUGAUUUUAACCGAAGUUAAGAACUUUAUCAAUGGAGAAUUUGUAUCAACUGAGUCUACAUUAGAUAGUUUUGAACCAUCUACAGGAGAUGUAUGGGCCACAAUACCAAAUAGCGAUAAAAAUGAUGUUGAACUUGCUGUUGAAGCUGCUCAAAAUGCUUUUUUGGGAUGGUCCUCUACAUCACGUCAAGAAAGGUCCAAUAUUUUGAGUAAAGCAGCAGACAUCUUAGAAAGAAGAUUAGAUGAGUUUGCUGAAUGGGAAUCACGAGAUCAGGGAAAACCUGUACGAUUAGCCAAAUUAAUAGAUAUUCCUAGGGCUGUGUAUAAUCUGAGAUUUUUUGCCUCAGGUAUUCUACAUGAUAUUAAUAGCUCUACUAUUCUGGAGAAAGCCAAUGCCAUCAACUACACCAUCAAACAACCAGUGGGUGUUGCAGGACUUAUUUCCCCUUGGAAUUUACCAUUGUAUCUGCUGACAUUUAAACUGGCUCCAGCCCUGGUUACUGGUAACACGGUGGUGGCUAAACCAAGUGAAUUGACAUCUGUUACGGCCUUUAAAUUUUGUGAAGUUUUGAAUGAAGCUGGUCUACCACCUGGUGUUGUUAAUAUGGUAUUUGGUUAUGGACAUAAAGCUGGUGAAGCUCUAGUAUCUCAUCCCUGUGUACCUUUAAUAUCCUUUACUGGAGGUACAGUGACUGCUGAAAGAGUUCGACUAGCUUCAGUGAAAUAUUGUAAAAAAUUAUCAUUAGAGCUUGGGGGAAAAAAUGCAGCAGUUGUAUUUAAAGAUGCUAAUUUGACUAAGUGUAUCUCUAGUACUGUUAGAUCAAGUUUUUUAAAUCAGGGAGAAAUAUGUUUAUGCACCAGUAGAAUUUUUGUACACAGACAAAUAUUUCAGCAAUUUAUAGAGUCCUUUGUUCAAGAAACCAGAAACCUCAAGGUUGGAAAUCCGUAUGAUGACAACUGUAUAAUUGGAGCAUUGAUAAGUAAAGAACAUUUGAAUAAAGUGAAGAGUUUUGUAACUUUAGCUGAGAAAGAGGGCGCCAGUAUAUUAUGUGGUGACAAGUCUGAUGGUUUGAAUUUAUCAGACGACAAGAAAAAUGGUUAUUUCAUGAGACCAACUGUAAUAACAGAUGUGGCUGAUGAUUCUAGACUAAUGACAGAAGAAAUAUUCGGUCCUGUUGUUUGUGUUGUACCAUUUGAUGAUGAAGAAGAAAUCAUUUAUCGAGUAAACAGUGUUAAAUAUGGUCUGUGUGCCUCAGUAUGGUCACAAGAUGUUUCCACUAUACAUAGGAUGGCUCAACGCUUACAGGUGGGUACAGUCUGGGCUAAUUGUUGGUUGAUAAGAGAUCUAAAUGUACCUUUCGGUGGAAUAAAAGAAUCUGGUAUUGGUCGAGAAGGUUUGAAAGAUUCCAUACAUUUCUACACAGAGGAGAAAACAGUGUGUCUUCAGCUCUGAUAUCAAUGUUAUACACAGUCAAAGACACUGUUGGUAUUUCCAUACAUAAAUAUAAUCAAUUUAUUCUCAUCUAAGGUAUAUUAAGUGGAAUGGAUCACAAUAUAGACCUAAAUGAUUACCACUCAGUCUACCUAAAGACACAAUAAACUGAUUUGAAUUAUGUCUGGAAAUGUCCCAAUCAUGCAUUUUUGUAAAGUAUAAAAAUUUAUAAUAAAAGUAAUAUUUUAUGAUAAUUGUAUAUUAUGGUUUUAAAUGUGCAAGAACGAAAACAAAAGUAAGAUUACUUAGAUUCUAAAUAUCUUAAAAAAAAAUAAAAUAAAAUAUAUUAAACAAAACAAUUCUUAUGCUUUCAAGAAUUAAAAAUGCUGUAAAAUAACUAAAAAUAAUUGAGAAAUCUUAACAAAUGAAAAUUGAACACUGUCCACCAUUUUGAAUUAAGAACUAAAAUAAGUAAAUAAGGUUAGAACAUAUUUAGAUAUGCCUAUAUAUGGAUAACAAUUACUGUAUAUUUCAUAUCAUAGACCUAAACAUCUCCUCAGUUGUCUUCAAAUUUUAGAAAGGGAUUAGAGAAAUUUUGUGGAACUAUUAUAUAAAACUUACAAAGUUCUAUUAUUACUAAAUUCAUGUCAAUGGCAUCACUUCAUUUUACCUAAUAAAGCAGCAAGGGAUGCAUUCUGCUGGGUAGAUCAACUAUAUUUCCAAAAUUAAAAUCCAGACCCAAAAAAAACCAUCAUUAGCCAAACAAGGAACAGAAAAAUAUAAGUCUUGUGUUUAAUUGCUAUUGAUUUGUAAAAGGAGUUGAAACAAUAGAUACAAGCUAACUAUCAACUAGAAUUAAAUCAAUAUUAGCACUUUUAAUUAACAAGUUUAGAAUUUAAUUUGACAGCCUGACAAACACAAUGGUAGAAGAAAUAGUCUGAUAAUAACAAUCAUGUAGAUUCUGACAGAUGUUAGUCUGAAUUUGGUCAGAAAACCAGGCCUGUUUCAUAGAACUAUAAUAAAGAAUAUCUUUUUUUUAAAAUUGACUGUUCCUGGUAUUUUUGACUAAUCUUAUUAACAUUUGUCAAAAAGAGUUCACAAAGAAUUAAUUAAGGUAAAAUUGUGUUGGAAAAUAUAUGGCUCUUCAUUGGACAUUGUAUUUUUCAUUGUAUUUUUAAAAAAAAUUAACUGGAUCCACCGAUUUCAAACAUUAUUAUUCUGAAAUAAACAAAAUUUAUCUUCUUGUUCCAAGAACUUUGAACAUAAUUAAAUGUUACUGUUAACAUUUGUACAUUGUACAAAUAUAUAUAUAUAUAUAUAUAUAUAUAUAUAUGAAUAUUUGGUGUUGAUUAUCAGAUUGACAUUCUUUCUUAAACUAUGGUUUAUAAACUUGGUUUUAAAUACUCACAAAAUACAGGUAAACGUCUAAACACAAUACAAUAUACAUAUAGAGAUAUAUGCCUGCAUACAUCUUAACAUUAACAGACAAGAGCCAGCUCUUAAACAUUGAACAAAUUAUCUCUUAAAAUAUUGUUUUACUUCAGUAAAAUGUCAUACUUUCAGCCAAGGCCAUUGGUUUUGGAAUGAUCAGCUUAAAAAAUAAUAUUAGGGUUCAACCCAAAUUAAGUUUUAAAGUCAUCUUAAUAUUUGCUUUAAUUUUCAGAAUAAGAAUCUGAUGUCAUGCUUUCCUUCCAUUCAACAAAGAUAGUGAACCACAGCCAUAUACGCCCACCACGGCAUGCGGGUGGUAAAAACGAAACAUCUAUUUUAAGUUUCAAGAUUUUGGGGCAAGGGCAAUAACUCUGCUUCUAACAGUCGAAAAUAGCUCAAAUUUGAACUUGAUCUUCAUUUUAUGAAUAUGUACCCACAUACCGAAUUUCAUUUGAUUCUAGCAAAAAAUCUAGUUUUUAGAGCGUUCACGGGCAAAUGUUGACGUACGGACUGACAGAGUGUUUACAAGCAAUAGAUUUUGAUAUAAGCAUUUACUGUAUAGAGGUUAAAGGGUGAUAACUCCUCAAAACUGACGUAAGAGGCCUUAAUCUUGAAAAAGCCUUAAUUUAAUCAUUAGUAAACUAAACUUUCUCAAACCUUUCGAUUUUGGAAAUGUUGACGGACGGACGUACGGACCGACAGGGGUGCCGACAAUAUACGUCCACAUAGAUAGAUGUGGGCGUAUAAAAACCACAAUGUGCUAAUUUAUACAGUUGUCAGUUUUGGACUGCUUGGUGUAGUUAUUGAGGACAUCAUAAGUUAUUCCUCCAAGGAACAUGAUAAUAUCUAUAUAUCAAUGACCUAAACUUCAUUCCUGCAUUUUUGUUGAAUUGGACAAGCUAACAUCGAUAUUUUGUUGUUAAAUGUGGUUUGGAAAUCUAAAAUUGAGCUCCAUCAGCUGGUAGAACAAAUAUUUAGACAAUUUUAUCAUUUUAGUAGGUCAUGUAAUAUGACUUUCUUUUGUCAGCUUCAAAAUGAAUUAUAAUUCGAUCAUACGAUCAAUUUUAAACUAUAUCUAAAUUUUGAAUUUUUCAACAGCUGUAUUAAAGAUGUCUUAAGUGCCCUUACUCUUGAAAAUUCUAAUUGAU